AUCCCCCCCCCCCCCAAAAAAAAAAAAAAAAAAAUCGUCGAAACGCCUCCUUCACAACAUCAACAACCACCCUCUCGUCGUGUUCUCCCAUCACAACUUGUCUCUUUUCUACGCGCAAAAGACAUAAUAAAGGAGAGAUUGUUCAUUCUUCGCCACAACUCCCCCCUCUAUAUAAAAAAGCUUCAUUCUUUCGAAUCAAAAAGUUUUAUUGAAAUCGACGUGUACGCAAUUCCCUCAUUUGGCCCUUUUCUUCUUCAUCUUUGGUUUCGUCGCCAUAGCCUUCUUAUUACGACAGGAAUUUUCUGAGAAAUGGCUACUACGACUAUGUCUCACCAAGCGAUCGGGUCUAUUGUCUCUCAUAGACCUUUCAAAGCUUCUCUUUUUCUUGAGUCUUUGAAUGUACCCAUGAAAUUUAGUCCAAAAAGAUUCAAGAUUGAAGCAACUGCAUCCCAGGUCAUUGACAACACUGUCUUGUCUCCUUCCAAGAACAAACCUUUUGAAUCCAAGAAGAGAUCAAAUGAAGCUGCUUUGAUAUUGAUUAGGCAUGGAGAAUCUUUAUGGAAUGAGAAGAAUCUGUUCACGGGUUGUGUUGAUGUGCCAUUGACUCAGAAAGGUGUGGGAGAGGCUAUUGAAGCUGGGAAGAAGAUUAGCAACAUUCCUGUAGAUUUGAUCUUCACUUCUUCUUUGAUCCGUGCUCAGAUGACCGCAAUGCUUGCUAUGACUCAGCAUCGCCGCAAGAAGGUUCCAAUCAUCCUGCACAAUGAGAGUGUAAAGGCUAAAACUUGGAGUCAUGUCUUCAGCGAAGAAACAAGAAAACAAUCUAUCCCGGUCAUAGUGGCUUGGCAGCUGAAUGAGAGAAUGUAUGGAGAAUUGCAGGGUUUGAACAAGAAAGAAACAGCCGAAAGAUAUGGAACAGAACAAGUUCACGAAUGGCGUAGGAGUUACGAAAUCCCUCCUCCUAAAGGCGAGAGCUUGGAGAUGUGUGCUGAGAGAGCAGUGGCUUAUUUUGAAGACAAUAUCAAACCAGAGCUUGCAUCUGGGAACAACGUAAUGAUUGCUGCUCAUGGGAACUCAUUGCGAUCUAUCAUUAUGUAUCUGGACGAUUUAACUUCUCAGGAGGUUACAAGUCUAGACCUAUCAACGGGUAUACCAUUGCUCUACAUCUUCAAAGAUGGAAAAUUCAUGAAACGAGGAAGCCCGGUCGGUCCUACUGAAGCUGGUGUCUAUGCUUAUACGAAGAGACUGGCACAAUACAGAGAGAAGCUUGAUGAGGCGUCCCUUAACUAAUAAUGUCUUCCAGAAAUAAGCAGAAAAAAUCAGUUCUUUUUGUAUUUCACUUGUUUAGCUCUUUUGUAGUGACAUAACAACAAUCAUGAACAGUUUAAAUCUGUAUUAGAUACACAAAUCAUCACAUUUAUUGCAUAUUUGCAUGUUA